AUGUCCCACCGUGUUUCUAGCCCUACGAGUGCGCACUUCAAAGUCCAUUACCACCACCAAGGACAAUGGGACUUUUUCGUCAACGCCACUGAGACGUCCUCGGUCGACCUCUCGCUCAUGCUUCCCCACUACCGAGCCCAUAAUCAACCAGCGGGACACCGGAUGAGCAUGUUCAUUAGUAGUGAGCGUAGCGAAAUCAAAACCAAAGUCUGCCGCCGAAGCACGAGGACACCCUUCUUCCUAUCUAUACACGCUUCUGGCACAGCGCCAGUCACGAUCUAUGUCCCCUCCGAUUUUUCGGGCGCGAUCCGUCUACUCUCUCCCUCGCCAUCAUCAUCCCAUUCGCGCCCACAUUCACGACCCUCCGUUCUGUCGAACCGCAGAGUCACAUUUUCCGCAGGCUUUAUGAACCACAUUUACCCCCGCACCACCUUCCCUUCUGAUGAUCAUCUUGUCCAAGUCCCCGACGAGUACGACUCUGACUACGAUGACGAUGGAGAGGACGAAAUCGAAGUGUCUGCCCAAGGACAUGUGACCUUCAAAAUGUGGGAUGUGCGGGACGGUACGUCAGAGAGCGCGGCGAAGGAGACAUGGAAGUUGAUGCGGAGAAGCUUGAGUUCGAAGAACUUGAAGGGCGAGAAGCAGAGACAUAGAGACCAUUCGCCCAGGGACCCUAGUUGGGACUUCCUCCUGGAUGGCUGA